GCGAAACAUAAAAAAACAAAAAACAAAUCCUGAGUUAGUUCUUUUGUUCGACUUUUCACUUCAGAGAGAAGCUUAGGAAAGGAAGAACAGAGAGAGAGAGAGAGAUCUUUCAGACCCCAGAAGACUAGUUUUGGAAUCGCAAAAAUGGUGGCGAGAAGUCCACCGAAGCAGAGGAAAGUAUUGGCAGCUCUUAAUCCAGUUCUGCUAAGGGAAACCGUGCAAAAGGUGGAUCGAUGCAUGGCUAGAUUACAGGAGCUUCAAUACACGGUAGCAGGAGGAAGGAAGGUGAUAUCAGGGGCGAGUCUGAGCCCUAGAAGUACCAGAGGCUAUUUCAGGACUAGUCUCCGAUGCAAGCAGGAGUCUGUAAGGAUAAGAAAUGCAGCCCCAAGGAAAUCUCCGGUGGGGAAGUUUCCCGCAAACUCAGGAGGGGAAUGGCGGCGAAUGUCAUUGCCGGCAAUGCUCGUUGGAGAAACGGUCGGAGAAAUCCUGCAAGCAAGUCAAUUUGCAAAAGAAAUAGUGGCAGCAGUUUCCAACAAAACCAAGAAAAUCACCCUAGAAGAUCCAAAAACAAAACUCCUACGCCAGAGAAAACACAGACCUCAGCUUGAAGACACAGAGCUCAGGGCCAGAAGGAAAAAGGAGAAGCAAAACAAAGCACACUCGACUCGACCAGAAUCCAACUCCCCGACGCUCCGCCGGGCUCGUUCCCGAAUCAACUUCAAAAUCUCGCCUCCAAAUAAAAGAGAAACCGAGAAAGAAAUUAGUAGAUACUUGGCAAACAGAGUUUCUCCCAGGCAUAAGCCAUGGGCUAAAAAAACUGUUCUAUUUCCCAAUCCUCUGUUUUCUUCCACAAACUCAAUAGAACAGAAAAAGUUUUUCAAGACAAGGUCUCCGGUCAUUGCAAGAAACAAGCAAAACACUCAGACUACUCCACACAAGUUCUUGAUCAAGUCGCCGCCUUCGGCUUCAAAGUUUCAGGUGAAGAUCAAGAGCUCACCAUUGGUUACUCGGUCUCCUCCAGCAAGAGCGACCAGUGUGACGAAGAAGUCCCCGAUAGUGUCGACUGCUUCGAAGCUGCGCCGCUCUUUAUCUCCUUCAAGAUUGGCAAACAGAUUGGUAUCUCUGUCUCCCCUGAAGAGCAGAAAGAGCAGUGUUCAUAAGAGUGAUGGGCUAACAACAAUGAGUGGAUUAAAGCAACGCCCAACUUCUUCAAUCCCAAUGGGAAUAUCUGCUAGGAGAAUUUGAGUUUGGGAUUUAGGCCUGGAUUUUGGUGGUUUCUUUCAGAUAUUUUCUCGAUGUCCAUAGUUGAUUGAUUUCUAU